AUGGUCCGCAUAAAACAACGCUAUCUCCUACUCGACAUUCUCUACCCCGAUCCGUCCUCAUGGCCCAACUCAAUCCCAGACAACGCAGAUCCAGAAACAAACAACCACCUCCGCAUCCACUCUCCAACAGCAGAUACACUAUCCCCCGGCUUACUGGCAAAGUUAAUUCGCGAACAAGUCUCAGAGCUUUUCGGUGAUUGGGGUGUCGGUAGACUCGGUGGUUCUAAUGCGGGUGGUGUUAGCGUGAAGUAUUUAUCGCCCGCAACAUCAACGGCUAUAAUCCGCUGCCCGCGCGCAUCCUAUCGCCUCGUAUGGGCGGCUAUAACACACCUUUCGCAUGUCCCCGAAUACACACCCGGUUCUGGCUACGCAUUCGGGAAACGCGCCGGCGCGAUGAAUAGACCGUGCGUGUUUCGCGUGGUCAGGGUCUCUGGGACGAUGAGGAAGGCGGAGGAGGAGGCGAUAAGACGUGGGAGGAGGGAGGUUGCGAGGGUUAGGGGGGUCAAGGAGGGGGUCGUGCUGGGGGGUUUGCUCGGAGGGGAUGGGGCUGGUGAUGAUGUUGGGGUUGGGGUUGAGGAUGUUGAUAUGGAUGAUGAUGCCGAUGAUUCGGAAUGA